AUGGUCAUGAACGCCCUUACACCAAUCAGCGGCCAGGGUGAAAGCCAUAAUAAGCUGCCAUCCCCGUCCACAUCUCCCAGGCUCAUCCAACACCCUCCCGAUAUUAUCAAGUCAGAGCCCAUAACAGACAUCCACCUGGCCAAGUGGAAGGCUGAAGACGACCUUCUAGUCAAGGCCAACAGACAGACGCCCGACUCACACUCCUCCUCAGCCGCAACGCCCUUCUUCUGCCAACCACCAGCAGCCAUCGACACCAGGAAAUGCGAACCCAUGUCUCCGCCAGAUAACUACUCUGUUACUUCUUCCCCACAGACCUUUGGUUGGCCACCAUCCUCUGAUUCCGGCGAGAGCGAGCCUUGGACGCUGCACCACCACGAGCUGCUGCCCGAUCACUCUGCCUACGCCAACUCGCCAUCGUCGCCCGCCAGUGGCUGGGAUUGCGCAGUACCCUAUCAGUUCCAACACGCGCCUACGUCGGCAGCAUACUUCCCGGACUGCAGCGUCUCGUUUCCCACCUCCACCCCUCCCCCAAUGCAGGCCAACAGCUACUCGCCCGUGUUCGAGAUGGCUUCAAGCUAUGGCAGCCCACACUACCCGCCCAGCCAUUUUGGCGAUGGAUCGCCUACUCAACACCGCCCGAUGACUGCUGGGAUUUCCGACAUGAGCUCCCUGGGCAACGAGCCCACGUCGCACCACGACUACUCCGGGGUCAUGCCAACCCCGCCGAGUGACUACCCGUGCACCUCGGACGUCAGCAAGGCCAAGAGCGACAUCAAUAGCCUGCCUUACUCACAACUCUUGUACAGAGCUUUCAUGAGCUCAAAUACAAGAAAGCUGUCUUUGCGCCAAAUUUACCAGUGGUUUGAGGACAACACCAACAAAGCGGUGAACAACAAAGGUUGGCAAAACAGCAUCCGCCACAAUCUGAGCAUGAACCGGGCCUUUGAGAAAGCACCACUCAAGGAGGACGGAUCAGAAUCGAGACGGGCCACUGAGUGGGUAUUGGCCGACUGGGCGCUCCAAGAAGGCGUCCAGAGCACGACAAGGUAUCGCAAGGGCAACAUUCGCUCAAAAUCACACGGCUCAGAGCGAGAGCGCAUGGCCCACAGCUCUUACUCCGGCGGCCGCAGAGGCGUCGUCGGAUACAACGCGCGCGGCCGCGAGAGGCUGUAUAGCCACCACCGGAUGCCGAUGCACGGAAUGGCGCCGGACUCGCACGUCCUCUACGGCGCUCCCGUUCCAGCUCCAGCUCACCCUUCGCACCUGGCGACGUCGCACGGGUCUUCCGACGUUGAGGGCUACGUGCCUCAGGCGGGCGGGCUUUGCUACUCGCCGAUGGAGGCGCAAGAAGGCUACAAUGGAUUUAGCCAAGACGACGGUAGCAGCUACAGCAGCUACUCGAUGUACAAUCUCGGCGAGGCGAACAUGGGCGAGUAUGCCAUCGUUGGCGGCGUUCCCGACAACACCCUUGCGGUAGCCCAUGCUGGUGGCGUCGCGCCACCGCCAACAGUUGUGGUGGCAUUCGAGCCUCCGCUGGCAAUGUCAAAUGGCCAGCAGCAGAGGAGCUACGCGCACGCUGGCUACGACACGAGGCAAGGAAUCAGCGAGGGCGUACACGAAUAG